AUGAGUAAAACUCCAGUUCCUACCGAAUACGACGACACGAGAAUAUUGGGUUACGAUCCUUUAGUUCCACCAGCCUUAUUACAACACGAAAUAAAGGCUUCUGCCGAAUCUUUGGAUGUUGUUAUAAAAGGUCGUUACGAAUCUGCCCAAAUCCUUAAGGGUAACGAUGAUAGAUGUAUUGUUAUUGUUGGUCCAUGCUCCAUUCAUGACCCUCCACAAGCUUUGGAAUACGGUAAACGUUUGAAGAAAUUGGCUGACGAAUUAAAAGAUGACUUGGUGGUUAUUAUGAGAGCUUAUUUGGAAAAACCAAGAACUACCGUUGGUUGGAAAGGUUUGAUCAAUGAUCCUGAUGUUGACAACUCUUUUGAUAUCAAUCGUGGGUUGAAAAUUUCUCGUCAAUUAUAUUCCGAUUUGACUAGUGUUGUUGGUUUACCAAUUGGAUCAGAAAUGUUAGACACCAUCUCUCCACAAUACUUUUCCGAUUUCUUGAGUUUUGGGGCUAUUGGAGCUAGAACCACCGAAUCACAAUUACACAGAGAAUUAGCUUCUGGUUUAAGCUUCCCAAUUGGAUUUAAAAACGGUACUGAUGGUGGGUUAGCCGUUGCCUUGGAUGCCGUGCAAGCUUCCUCAAAAGGACAUCAUUUCAUGGGUGUCACCAAAAACGGUAUGGCUGCCAUUACCACCACCAAAGGUAACGAUUGUUGUUUCAUCAUAUUAAGAGGUGGUAAGAAGAUUACUAAUUACGAUCCUGAAUCAGUCAAAGCCGCUAAAGAAGCUAUUGCCAAAUGUAGUGAUCCAAAUAUCAAAUUGAUGGUCGAUUGUUCGCAUGACAAUUCAAGAAAAGAUUACAGAAACCAACCUCAAGUUUUAGACAGCGUUGCCGAACAAAUAAGUAAUGGUGAAGACUCUAUUAUCGGGGUUAUGAUAGAAUCCAAUAUACAUGAAGGUAAACAAUCGAUGCCUCCAGCAGGUAGUGGUAAAGAAGCAUUGAAGUACGGUGUGUCUAUCACCGAUGGAUGUGUUUCUUGGGAAACCACUGUUGAAAUGUUAACCAAAUUGAGUCAAGCAGUUCAAACUAGAAGAGGUUUGAAGAAACAAAAAGUUUCCAAUUAA